AUGAUCGGGAGGUUGAGUGUGUUUUCUCGGUUAGCUUGUCGAAGAGCUAUUUAUUUAUUCCGAGAUUUUUGUGCUGAGGCAGAACUCUUGGUAGAAGAUGGGAAUAAGUCAAGAAGUUGUAAACCUUUACGCCCUUUAUAUUUUGAUUUUCAAGCGUCUACGCCAAUGGAUCCUCGCGUAUUAGAUGCCAUGUUACCGUUUUAUAUUAGUCACUUCGGUAACCCUCAUUCACGCACACAUGAGUAUGGUUGGUAUUGCGAAGAAGCUGUUGAAAAAGCUAGAGAGAAUGUAGCUAAUCAGAUAGGCGCUGACCAUAAAGAGAUCAUCUUCACCAGUGGUGCGACAGAAAGUAACAACCUAGCUGUAAAAGGUGUUGCUAAGUUUUACCACCCAAAGAAGAAGCAUAUUAUAACUACACAAAUCGAGCAUAAAUGUGUCUUGGAUUCCUGUAGAGUUUUGGAAAACAAUGGGUUUGAUGUUACUUAUUUACCUGUUCAGAAAAAUGGAAUUUUGGAUUUGGAGGUUCUGGAACGGUCUAUUAAGCCUGAAACGGGUUUAGUCUCGGUCAUAGCUGUUAAUAAUGAGAUAGGUGUUCUCCAGCCUAUGGAAGAAAUCGGAAGACUAUGCCGAAGUAAAGGGGUUUUCUUCCAUACUGAUGCUGCACAAGCUUUCGGAAAAGUGCCAAUUGACGUCAAUGCUAUGAAUAUUGACCUCAUGUCCAUUAGUGGUCACAAGAUAUAUGGUCCUCAGGGGAUUGGUGCUCUCUACGUACGUCGUCGACCGAGGGUUCGGUUAGAAGCUCAACAAAAUGGAGGUGGACAGGAACGUGGGUUAAGAUCUGGUACUCUUCCUACGGCCUUAGUUGUCGGCCUAGGUGAAGCAAGUCGUUUGGCAGGCGAGGAAAUGAAAGAUGAUUAUGAACAUGUUUCCAUGUUAAGUAAACGUUUAAUCGAUGGUAUCACUUCCAAAAUUCAACACGUUACCCUCAAUGGUGACCCAAUUCAACGUUAUCCAGGCUGUGUAAACUUUAGUUUUGCUUGCGUAGAGGGUGAAAGCUUACUCAUGGCUUUAAAGAAUGUUGCUCUAUCGUCCGGCAGUGCAUGUACAUCUGCUUCAUUAGAACCAUCUUAUGUUUUAAGAGCGAUAGGGACUGAAGAGGAUUUAGCACACUCUAGCAUUCGAUUUGGUAUCGGACGAUUCACCACUGAAGAGGAAGUUGAUUUUACAGUCGCUGAACUAAGUAAACAUGUUCAUCGGCUCCGAGAAAUGAGUCCUUUGUGGGAAAUGGUAUCAGAGGGAAUCGACAUAAAGUCUAUACAAUGGACACAACACUGA